AUGAAUUACAACGAUAAGAAACUUUUACGGGUUUCCCGAGUUUUACUGCCAUCUUCACUAGAGUUGUCACAAUCACUGGUGAUAUCGAAUGUUUGGGUCGAUAAACUAAGCUAUGACAUCAGUGUACCAACAAAAGUAUUUGGAUUAGGUAGUAUCAUACCCAUCACUUUUGCGCUUGUACCCAUAGCUCAAGACUUAAGAGUUAGAUCCGUAUCUUGUGUUUUAAAAGAGUACACAACCUUGUCCGCCGACGAUCAUUCGAAAAUGGAAGGCAAAGUGAUAAAACAUUUACGUGACGAACAUUUCGCUUCUGGACCGGAUCAAUGGACAAAGACUGAAUUAUUGACUGUACCCGAUUACAACUCACAUCUUGCCCAAACUGAUUCAAAUUGUGAUCUGAUAAAAAUCAAGCAUAAGCUUAAAUUCACAGUCUCUUUAACAAAUGCAGACGGUCAUAUAUCAGAGUUACGUGCAGCAAUCCCGAUCGUUAUUUCUGAAAUAUCCCCAGAGGAAGAUGAAAAUGCCUUGCCUUCCUACGAGGACGCUUGGAAAUCUGCACCUUACGAUCCUCAACAAGUCGCUGAUUUAAUUGCCAGAGGCGAUUUACCACCUUCGAUUGCCAUAUCAGCACCUAACGAAGCAGCGAGCGGAGCCAACCGAACACUAGCACCCAAUGAUACAGAUGAUGAAGGAGACUCAAGCACACGCCCACAUACACCAACUUCACUAGACGAUAAUAUUUUACCUUUACCGUGGGAAGGAAUCGAUAUUUCAAGGGUGCCAUCAUAUACAACCGCUAUCAGAUCAAAUAGACUGUACAGUUUCUCUGGUUCCCUUCCGGGAUAUGAUUCCAUAGCCGUCCCAGGAAGAAGUGGGUAAUACGAAUGUACAUUUUUAGGGAUGGUCUUACUCAGGGAUACUCUCUUCUAUGGUAUUUACUUGUCAAUAUAUAUAUUUAUAUAAACUAGACAGAAAUCUAUUCCAGUAAAACCAUCAACCAUAUACUUUUUU